AUGAAUCCCCCAAUGGAGAGCGUUGGCCAAUACUUACAUGGGGCUCGCGACUUUCGUCUGGAAAGCAAGUCUCUGGCAGAGCCUGCUGACGACGAAGUUCAAGUAGUCCCUCGGUCGACAUCGCUGUGCGGGUCUGACCUUCAUUAUUACAACCACUACCGAAAUGGAAGCAUUUCUGUGAAAGAGCCUCUUUGCCUAGGACAUGAAUCGGCCGGGCAGAUUGUCGCUCUGGGCUCCAACAUCGCCCAGCUGAACCCGACGCUCGCUGUUGGGGAUCGAGUUGCGCUCGAAGUAGGAGUACCCUGCGAAAACUGCGCCGAUUGUCAAAACGGGCGUUACAAUAUCUGCAGUGAACUGCGCUUUCGUAGUUCCGGGUCAAAGUUCCCUCAUUUUCAAGGCACGUUGCAGAGCUGCAUCAAUCAUCCGGCCAAAUGGGUUCAUAAGCUCCCCGAGGGCCUGGAUUAUGAGACGGGCGCCCUUUUAGAGCCCCUGGCUGUUGCAGUUCAUGCCGUCCGCAGGGCCAAAAAUGCUCGCAGUGAUCAACGAACUUGUUUGAUUUUUGGUGCUGGUCCCGUGGGGCUUUUAUGCGCAGUUGCAGCCAAAGCAGGCCGAUUUCAGAAGAUCGUCAUCGCGGAUAUCGAUCAGGGCCGUCUGCAGUUUGCCCUCAAAAACGGCUUCGCCUCGAGCAUAUAUUUGGUUCCGCUCAUGGGAGGACAGACAAUCGAGGAGAAACUCGAGAUUGCAAAGAGAACUGUGGCCGAAGUCGCAAAGCUCCAAUGGGCUGACGGCAGCGCUGUUGGGCAGGUCGAUUGCGUGUUUGAAUGUACCGGAGUGGAAUCAUGUAUACAAUCUUCAAUUUACGCAACCAAGCCAGGGGGGCAAGUAGUUUUUGUCGGUAUGGGGACACCUAACUGUACAAUGCCCUUUUCAGAGAUUCUCGCCAAAGAGAUCGAUUUGCUUCCAACAUGGCGCUAUGCUAAUGCAUACCCGAGGGCCAUUGAGAUUGCUGCUAUGUCUGUGGCUAGCACAACUCUCCCUGAUAUUCGGAGACUGAUCACGCAUCGAUACGAAGGACUGGAGUCAAUACCGGCGGCGUUCCAGACAGCUGGUAAAACAAAGGAUGGAAAAGGAGAUUUGGUUGUUAAAACAGUUGUGAACUUCCCAUCAACAUCAUGA